AUGGACGGAAGACGGGCUGCGUACGCGUCCAUGGUGCUGUCCAUCGGCGCCACGACGCUGACCCUCGUGCUGGUGGCGAGCCUUUCGACGAAACUCGGCGAAAUCUCCGAAGAACUUGAACGCGACAUGCAAGAAUUUCGGGGCGUGGAAAAACAAGCAGCACAUCACGUCGGUCGACUCUCGUCAAGUCUUCAUAGGCGACCUGGGCGCCAAUCUACGGAGAGCUGUCGGUGCAACUAUUACAACUCGUGCCCUUCUGGACCGCCAGGACAACCCGGUAUGGCGGGAGAGCACGGCACUCCUGGUCUGCCGGGUGAACGUGGAGCACCGGGAGCUUCUUACCCCACAGUUCCCAGACCUUUGCCCCCAAAGUGCAGAGCAUGUCCAAAUGGGCCACCUGGUCCUCGAGGUCCACCUGGCCAACCAGGUAAACCUGGUCUGCCUGGUCUUCCUGGUGCGAACAUCUUCGCCGUGGCUCCAUCGGGCCUGUCCGGUCCGCCAGGACCAGUCGGCGAGCCUGGUGCGCAUGGGACUCCAGGAGAAACUGGCAUACAGGGUAACCGUGGCAAAAACGGACUGAAAAUCGAUAAAGGACCUAGGGGGCUACCAGGACGACCUGGAGUUCUUGGAGAACGUGGUUACGCAGGUGAAGCUGGACGGCCAGGCAAGCAGCCACCACCAAAGCCCCCUGGACCCAGGGGACCUCAAGGUCCACCUGGAGAACGUGGUGCUCCGGGCAGAGCUGGAUCUUAUGGAAGAUACGGUCAAAGGGGAGGAGAUGCUAGUCACUACUGCAAAACACGGUGCUCGAGCGAGUGUUGUAAUAUUCGUAAGGGUAAAGUUCUACAGUAUUGUAUAUGUGACAGAAUAAAGAGUUAUUUCUCGGUCUAUUAA